CAACAUACUGUACUGCACCCUACCUCUUCAACUAAUAACUAAACACACACCUAAAAUUUCCCCGGUUCACUAUCAAUAUAGGGACUAUAGAAAUGCCGACUGGGAAUUCCUACCAACGCUCUUGAGAAGCUCUGACUGGGAUGAAUACUUUACCAAUGAUAACUUAGAAGUAACACUUGAUACCUUCUACAAGACGGUCAGUUCGGUAAGAGAUACAAUCGCACCCCUAAAGUCUGCCUUAAGGACACCAACUCUUUUCAUAGACCGCAAAACGCGAUUAAAACUAAGGAAAUUGAAGAGGAAAUUUUAUUUAUAUAAAGAAUUUAGUGCAUUACACCAGAUACAUGAAACAUUUAAAAAUCUUGAGCAGAGACAUAAAAUGAAGGCACAACUCGAGGAAAAUAAAGCCCUAGGGGGCACCUCUAAAACUCAGGAACUCUGCAAGAUCCUGCAAAAACGACUAAACAAGGGUAAAGAAAAUAAUGUUGGCCACUUGGAGCAUGAAGGUAUAAUUUAUGAUGAUCCCCAGAUUAUUUGUGAACUCCUAAACCAAUGGUUCUCCAAUAACACCGAAGCGCAUCCGUCUCCAAUCCUCGAUAUAACCUGCAAAAAUAACUACGAGUUAGGUGAAAUCAACUUUAAUAUGCAAAAUAUAGCAUCAGCGGUAAAGACACUAAAAGCUAACGGUAGUUGUGGGAUAGAUGAUAUACCAUCUAUCAUUUAUAAAAACGGUGGCUCGGAUAUGAUAGUACUAUUACUUAGAAUAUUCACCCUCUCACUAGUGACUGGGACCUACCCUGAAACUUGGAAAAACACGUAUAUACUACCUAAGCAUAAAGGAGGGACCAAAACUAGUGCAUGUAAUUAUAGGCCUAUCAAUAUAACACCUGUUAUAUCAAGGAUCAUGGAGAAAGUAAUCAAAGACCAAAUGUCAGACUACUUUCUAAAACACAAACUCAUCAACCAGUCACAACACGGGUUCCUUAAGAAAAGAUCUUGCGUCACUUGCCAUAUAGACUUUUUCAACGAAGUCACCUAUAGAAGAGAUAGGAGAGAACUAGUAAUUAUCCUCUAUUUCGAUAUCAGGAAAGCCUUCGACAGAGUCCCACAUAGUCUGUUAGUCAGCAGGCUAUGCUCACUAGGGAUACGCAACCCCCUCCACAACUGGAUAAAAUCAUUUCUCAGUGACAGAAAUCAGACAACAAAAAUUGGCUUGAUGACCUCCAGGCCUAGGCCGAUUAGCAGUGGUGUCAUCCAGGGGAGUGUAUUGGGACCCCUUCUUUUCAUUAUAUACAUAAACAGUAUAUGUGAGUGCUUUAGUAUAGGCAAGCCAAUACUGUAUGCAGAUGACUUAAAGGUGACAUAUACCUGCACAAACACAGAUAUCGGUACAACUAUGAACUCCAUACAUGAAGAACUAACAAAAAUGGAUAUAUGGUGUGACACCUGGAGACUUGAGUUUAAUGUCGAAAAGUGUGGCUGGCUCUGCAUAGGCUGUCCCAACCUAGAACUCGACCUAGCAAUUCAGGGCCACAAAAUCCCUAGACUCAAAUCUGUGCUAGACCUAGGACUGACAUAUUCACAAAAUCUAUCAUUUUCUGAACAUAUCUCGAAACAAGUAUCGAAAUCACGCAGGCUUAUUGGUUUCCUACUCAGGAACUUCUACAGAAGUGAAUCCAGAAUACUACUGUACAAGGUUUGUGUGCGCCCACUCCUAGACUAUUGUUCAUUCAUAUUUAGUAGUAUACGCAUAGAAGACAAACUAAAAGUAGAAGGAGUACAGAGGUACUUCACGCUGAAAGUAAUCGGAACCGAAAACGGCACAAACUACUCUACCAGAUGUGAAAUUCUAGGACUAGAAACAUUAUGGUUAAGACGACUGCGGUUAAAUCUGGUACUCUUCUAUAAACUACUUAACCACAUAGUGUAUACCCCUACUAAUUGUACUCGGUUUUCAGAAGACACUGGAUAUAACCUUAGACACACUCAAGGUACGGUGGCUAUAGAACAAUGUAAAACAGCCACCAGGCAAAAAUUUUUCAUGAUUAGGUAUGCCCAAAUAUGGAACAAACUACCUGAGGAAAUGCGACUAGCAAGCUCACUAGUGUCCUUUGAAAAAGCUCUUAAUGACACACUAAGUGGGUUUGUAAGUGAUACCAGUGCUAAUUCCCAUGUAAGAGCUUCAGAAAUUAUAGGCCCAUUUAAUGUAUGAACUUAGAGACUACACCUGUUGUUUCUUUUGCCUUUAUCUAUAAUUUCAGACAAACAAGCAGCAGUCAUGAAAAUAACACUCAUACAAAUAAGAGUCGAUCGAAUUAUGUCUACCUGAUACAAAGCCUGAACCAUAAUCAACAUAUGAAUGAAGUAUGAGAAAACAAGGUCGAGACUUACCACAACAUCACAUGGAAGGAUAUAAGUUACUUGGACAUUAUUUAUAAUCCACCAACUGGUCUCCUUUCCAAAAGGAAUGCGGCGAUAUUUUAUCCAUAGUUAUGAGCAAAUACAUAAAUCCACAGUUCCCGUUGUAUACACUCAGUGGGGAUUGCAGCCAACAAAGUAAUGCAUUUAAAGCAUAUGCACACUUCUCAUAAUCACGGCGACACCGCGGAAUAUAUCAAAAUCGCAGAGUAAUCAAACCCAACACGCGAUGUAAUUAAGUAAAUCCGAAAGGCAAACAAGUUGUAUUCCGAUUUUGAAUAUUCGUCCAUAUGUCGACCAUGAUGACAAAUCCAAAUCACAACCUAUACAGCGUCAAUAAAUCUGGAUAUCUAUGAAAUGACGAAAAUAUGCUGAUAGCUGCAUCUCAGAUACCAAUGACUCAUUCGAUGGCAAAAUUCUGCUCCUGCAUGCCUCUUUCGACAUUUUUGUAUGGAUUGGUUCGCAGUUACUCAGGUUCCAGACAGAAAAGAAUAAAAAUUCACAAGUUGCUGAAUUAUGAUUACUUCUCUGCAUGUUUAACUGGAUACUAACUGCUGUAGUGAGCCGUUUGCAGUUUAUAUUGCUUAAAACAUCGUUUACGGUAAACUGAGUAACGUUUUAUAAGCCAUUUUUAUACUUUUGUGACUAGCCCACCAUAUCGACCGAAUGUAACGCAACACUCAGUUGUUUCGCUCAUGUUCAACAAAUUCAAACAAUAAUAGUGCCUAGGAUUAUGCCAUAUAAACUGUUUUAACUUAUGCAGAGUGUACUUACGGUCAAUAUUUCAUUAUCUUACCUUGUAUAUAUAUUUUGUGUUAGUGGAAAAUUUUAAACAUGUUUACUCCAUGUGUGCAUUAUUACCAUAUUGUUGAUGCUUGUCAACUGGAGUCCCUCAUGUGCAUAAAGUGGGAAUAUAUUAUUGUAAGACGCAUUUUAUUGUUUUAUGAGGGAAUUGACUUCAAGCUUUAUUUAUUUUCCCAAGUGUAUGUAAUCCAUCCAACGCAUACUUGGGUUUUUUUUUGUUAAUGCGAAGUCAAUAUCUCUAUAUUUGUUGGUGUGUUCCAUUGAAUCACCA